CCUUGUGCGCGCAGGCCUGACCAUGGGAACCCAAAAGCCGCGAAUCUUGCCCUGGCUGGUGUCGCAGCUGGACCUGGGGCAACUGGAGGGUGUGGCCUGGCUGGACGAGAGCCGCAAGCGCUUCCGCAUACCCUGGAAGCACGGCCUGCGACAGGACGCGCAGCAGGAAGACUUCGGCAUCUUUCAGGCCUGGGCGGAGGCCAGUGGUGCCUACACUCCUGGGAAGGAUAAACCUGACCUGCCGACCUGGAAGAGGAAUUUUCGGUCUGCCCUGAAUCGGAAGGAAGUGUUGCGUUUAGCUGAGGAUCGGAGCAAGGACCCCCACGACCCUCAUAAGAUCUAUGAGUUUGUGAGCACAGGAACUGGGGACUUUUCCCAGGUUGAUACCUCUCCAGACACCAGUGGUGGAGGCAGUACCUCAGACACCCAGGAAGACAUCUUGGAGUUACUCAAUGACAUGAUCUUGGCCCCAGCCCCAGAUACGGGCCCCCCAGGUUUGGGUGUGGUCCCUGAGCACUGCUCUCAGCUCUUGUUGAGCCCCAACUUGGAAAACCCCAUGCCCUGUCCAAACCUGGCACCUCCUGAAAACCCACUAAAGCGACUGUUGGUACCUGAAGAACAGUGGGAGUAUGAAGUGACUGCCUUCUACCGGGGCCGCCAAGUCUUCCAGAAGACCAAAUUCUGCCCAGGGGGCCUACGGCUAGUGGGCUCAGAAGCUGGGGACAGGACACUAUCUGGACAGCCAAUAACAUUGCCAGACCCUGGGGUUUCCCUGACAGACAGAGGAGUGGUGGGCUAUGUGAAACGUGUACUUAGCUGCCUAGGAGGGGGACUGGCACUCUGGCGGUCAGGGCAGAGACUCUGGGCCCGCCGGCUGGGGCACAGCCAUGCAUACUGGGCUGUGGGCGAGGAGCUGUUCCCUGACAAUGGGCAUGGGCAUGAUGGUGAAGUCCCCAAGGACAACGAUGGAGUUGUGUUCGACUUGGGGCCCUUUGUGGCAGAUCUGAUUUCCUUCAUGGAAGGAAGCAGACGGUCACCACGAUACACCCUGUGGUUCUGCAUAGGGGAGUCAUGGCCGCAGGACAAGCCAUGGGUGAAGAGGCUUGUGAUGGUCAAGGUGGUACCCACAUGCCUCAGGGCCCUGUUGGACAUGGCCCGAUCAGGGGGUGCCUCCUCACUGGAGAAUACCAUAGACCUACACAUUUCCAACAGCCACCCCCUCUCCCUCACCUCCGACCAGUACAAGGCCUACCUACAGGACCUGGUUGAGGACAUGGAUUUCUAGGUCACUGGGGAGGCCUGAACCCUGACUCUUCACUUUGACCAAUAAACCAUUUUCCUGCUACAGCCA